AUGAGUAACCCACGUCACCAAGAAUAUCACCAUAAUCAAGCUCGGUCUCAGGGCUUACCUUUGGAAGACUAUCCUCUGGACCAUAGGCACUCUCAUCCACAGGACUGGAAAUAUGGGAUGUGCGGGUGCUUCAGUGACUGCGGAGUCUGCUGCACUGGUUAUUGGUGCCCUUGUAUCCUCCACGGAAAGACCAAGCACCGCAUGCGCCAUGGCACAAUGGAGAAAUACUCCUGCUGCAACGCUCCCUGCAUGGGAUUCGGAUGCUUAGUAGCAUGUCUACCACCACUCUACUUCAUCAUGGGAAUGCGACAGCGAGCCGAGAUCAGGGAGCGAUACAACAUUGCGGGUGGAGGCUGCGGAGAUUACUGGAGGUCACUUUGUUGCUCGUGCUGCUCGCUCAUUCAGGAGGAGAGGGAGGUUAGGGACAGACAGAAGGAGAAGAACGUCGCUCGCGGAUAUCAGCAACCACAAGGGAUGGUUUAUGCGGGAGGUCAAUAA